AUGAACCAACUGAAACAAAUACACGCCAACACUCUCCGAAAUGGCAUCGAUUUUACACAGUUCUUGAUCUCUAAGAUAAUUGAAAUCCCAAACAUCCCGUACGCCCACAAAGUGUUCGACAAUAUUACUAAACCAACUGUCUUCCUCUACAACAAGCUUAUUCAGGCCUAUUCUUCCCAUGGACUUCCCAGCCAGUGUUUUUCUCUCUACAUCAAGAUGCGCCGGCAAGGCUGCUCCCCUAACCCACACUCCUUCACAUUUCUCUUUGCAGCGUGCUCCAAUCGUUCCACCCCCAUUCAAGGCCAAAUGUUCCAUGUCCAUUUCAUCAAAUGGGGGUUUGAAUUUGACAUUUACACGUUAACUGCACUUGUUGACAUGUAUGCUAAAAUGAGUUUGUUGCCUUCUGCGCGGAAGCUCUUCGAUGAGAUGGAAAUGAAGGAUGUCCCCACUUGGAAUUCUUUGAUUGCCGGGUAUGCCAAGAAUGGAAAUGUGGAGGAAGCUUUCAAAUUGUUUUCAGUUAUGCCUUCAAGGAAUGUGAUUUCCUGGACUGCAAUGAUCUCAGGCUACUCGCAAAAUGGGAAGUAUGCAAAUGCACUAGCUGUCUACAAGGAAAUGGAGAAAGACAGAAAGGUAAAGCCUAAUGAAGUUACAAUUGCUAGUGUUCUUCCAGCUUGUGCAAAUCUUGGGGCGCUGGAGGUUGGGGAGAAUAUUGAAGCUUAUGCAAGAGCAAAUGGAUACUUUAAGAAUAUGUUUGUUUGCAAUGCGGUGCUUGAAAUGUAUACAAAAUGUGGUAGAAUUGAUAGGGCAAUGCAACUCUUUCACGAGAUUGGUAGGAGGAGGAACUUGUGUUCUUGGAAUACCAUGAUUAUGGGGUUAGCUGUCCAUGGAAAAGGUGACGAAGCUCUUAAGCUUUUCAACCAAAUGCUGGGAGAAGGAAACGCACCUGAUGAUGUAACAUUUGUAGGAGCAAUCUUAGCAUGCACACAUGGAGGCAUGGUAGCAAAGGGCUGGGAACUCCUCAAAUUGAUGGAGCAAAGGUUCUCCAUAGCUCCAAAGUUGGAACACUAUGGCUGUAUGGUUGAUCUCUUAGGCCGGGCUGGGAAAUUGCAAGAAGCCUAUGAUCUUAUACAGAGCAUGCCAAUGAGACCUGAUUGUGUCAUAUGGGGAACUCUUCUUGGAGCCUGCAGUUUCCAUGGCAAUGUUGAAUUGGCUGAGAAAGCAGCCGAAUUCCUUUCUGUGUUGGAACCAUGGAAUCCUGGGAAUUAUGUUAUUCUCUCAAACAUCUACGCAAGAGCUGGCCGGUGGGAUGGUGUUGCAAGGUUAAGGAAACUGAUGAAGUCCUCUCAGAUUACAAAAGCAGCAGGGUAUAGCUUCAUUGAGGAGGGAGGUGAUAUUCAUAAGUUCAUAGUAGAGGAUAAAUCCCAUCCAAAAUCAAAUGAGAUAUAUUCACUGCUUGAUUUAGUCACAACUAGAUUAAAGUUUGAUGUAAGCACCAUGGAAAUUGAUUUGGAUUCUAUUGCUGAAUAGAAUUUUAGCAACAACUCUGAAUAGUUUUUGGACCUACAUUUCUCUCCUUCCUAUUCUUUCUAGAGUUAUUUCUCCUUCA